AUGGCUUCCAACAAGAAAAAUCUGUUGAAAACCCGGUUUACAGCCAAUGCAGGAUGUAGGUGUGGCAGGCCAAAACUUUCUGAUGUUUAUGAACCAAAACCAAAACCCAAAACCUCUGCACCCAAAAAUCCUAGACUUUGCUCUUCCUCAAGGUCUUGCGACAUAAACAAUGCCCUUUCAGCGACGGAGAAUGAUGACCUGACAUCCAUUUCUUUCUCUUUCAACAAUAUUGAUAAUAUAUCGCACAUUACUGAUCUCAACUCUGAAUCUGAAUUUGAUCUUUCAAGACCAUCGAAAGUUUUGCUUAGCACUUGCCUUAAAACCAUCGUUAGCAUCAUUGCGGAGAAGGAUUCCAAUGACCUAUAUCAAGAUUUUCAACAUUUCAUGCACCAAAUGAUCAUGGAAAAACAAAUCUACUCCAAAAAUGAUCUUCAAAAACUUCUUCAAUGUUUUCUAAAGCUGAAUUCUCCAUGUUACUGUAAUGUUAUUGUCAAGGUUUUCAUGGAAACCUGGAACCAUUUUACCUCUAAGGAGAUUGUUAUAGUUAAGGAUCAACAUCCAUGUUUGUUUAACGGAGAGUAACAUGGAUCCUAGAGCUAUAGAGCUUUUUACACAUGUAGGGAUGACAAACUAUAU